GUCGUGGCCGAGUGGUUAAGGCGAUGGACUAGAAAUCCAUUGGGGUCUCCCCGCGCAGGUUCGAAUCCUGCCGACUACGGCAACGUCAGCUUUUUGCCGUCAACACUUACUUUUUGUGUUUUAAAGCGUUCUGCUCAAACCUUCCACAGAUUUCAGGAAUUUACAAACGGCUGAAACACAACAGGGACCCAAACGGGAGAGGAGGGAAUGAAGGGGCGAGAAAGCGUGUUUGUGGUUACAACGUGGGCCCGGGAGGGGGAGACGGGAGGAACCACGCCAGACAAGCUGAAAGGAAGAAAUGCAAAGCAUCCCGAGUCACACAGACACAGGGCAGAGACAGCUCCGAACUCUGUCCCUGCAUGCGCCCACCCCUCACGAACCCACAGCGUUCUCUGCCGCGAGCCCUCGUGGGCGCCCGGUUGCCACGGGAAGCGGUGCGCAUGCGCGGGGACGCCUAACGGGGUGGGAGCCCGCCGGCUCCCCGCGUUACCCCUGGAAACCACCGGAGCCUCGGCGAUUGGAGGGGAAAAGGCCAGGCGAUUCAAGAUGGCGGAGGACCUGGACGAGCUCUUGGAUGAAGUCGAGUCCAAGUUUUGCACACCUGACCUUCUAAGACGGGGCAUGGUCGAGCAGCCCAAAGGUUGCGGCGGCGGCACCCACAGUAGCGACCGGAACCAAGCCGAGGCGAAAGAGAAUCUCAGAUCAAUGGAAACAUUUAAAAAAGAAGAUGAUCUUGACAGUCUUAUUAAUGAAAUAUUUGAAGAGCCCAACUUGGACAAAAAACCCUCUAAAUUAAAAUCUAAAUCUUCAGGUAACACGUCUGUCAGAGCUUCCAUUCAAGGCCUUGGUAAAAGUUGCAGUCCAGUGUACCUUGGUGGAAGCUCUAUUCCAUGUGGGAUUGGAACAAAUAUUUCAUGGAGAGCAUGUGACCAUCUGCGUUGUAUAGCCUGUGAUUUCUUGGUAGUCAGCUACGAUGACUGUAUGUGGGACGAAUCAUGUGAUUAUCUGUUUUUCAGGAACAACAUGCCAGAAUUCCACAAAUUAAAAGCAAAGUUGAUAAAGAAGAAAGGAACACGGGCAUAUGCCUGCCAGUGUAGCUGGAGAACUAUUGAAGAAGUGACUGACCUUCAGACAGAUCAUCAGCUUCGCUGGGUGUGUGGUAAACAUUAAGAAUGCAGACUGCACAUUCGGACAGAUGCAUCCAUGAGAGUGGUCUCCAUGAAUCAUCAUCAUGUUUAGACAAUAGUCCCUAGCAAUACAAUUUUAUUGAUACAACUACAUACAUUUUUGAAGACCAAAUGGACUAAGGAAGAUAAUGUAUUAUAACACUUUGGAAUUAUUCCUGAUAUAUGGAUGUUUCACUUAGUAACAGGCAUCUACAUUCUUUACUAAUCUGUCUUCUGUUUAAUAAAGGUUUGAUUAUGGAGUUCCAUACAAAUAUCUAGUUUUUCAUUAGCAGCUGCAAUAUUGAUUGCUAAUACGUUUAGCAAAACAUUCCCCAACUUGUAGCAGUUAAAGUGGAUAAAGUCGGCCAGGGCAAAGAGGUCAUUUAGGGGUGUCUACAACACUUCCUCCAGUCAGAUCUGUUGUUGCCAAAGAUCAUAAUUUAGACAUGGCAGAAACCAGGUGAUCAGUGGCUGACUGAAGGGUGUUCAGAAGUAGUUACAGGUAUUUUGCAAAAACACUGCCUCAUAGCUGAUCUUACCUCAUCAACUCAAAGCAAUGUUAUGCACAAUUUUAAAUAUAUGUUACUAGUUUUAGCUUAUUUUUCCCUCUUUUGUUCAUUUAACUAUCAAAAGUUAUUUUCUAUUUUGAUUACCCAAUAAUAUAUAAAAAGAGUUUGAUGCACCCAAAAUCACAAAAAUCCUAAUGCAUACAGGUUAUUGUUGGAUUUUCCGAGUACUUUCUAUCCUUUAAUGCCUAAAACUCCAUCAAGUGAAGUAAACAGCAAGUAAUAGAAUUUUUCAGGCAGCCUGGGGACUUCUCUGGUAGGAUCAGGUUGACAUAUCAUUUAUUAGUUGAGUAAGUGAAAAGACAAGUAAAGCAUAACUGAACCAACAGGUAACCUAUUGGGCUCCUUCCUGACAUCACUGAGAUCUGAGGAGCCCUACAAUAGCAGCACAUUCAGGAAAUCAGGUCCCUCAAAAUUUCUAGCUCCCAACUCCAUUGAGAGAUUUUGGGAGCUUUCCAAUCUGCCACAAACUCCCUGCUACAUAUGUACUAUAUAGUUCAAAUGUGCGAUACAGAGCACACUGAAAGGGAAUAAUUGAAACAAAGUUAUAAUCUUCUUAGUCUUAUGCUAAAUUUAUUCCGGCCACCCUACUGAAGGGAGGAAGAUCUGAUCAUUAGAAUCCUUUUCUUAGCCAUGACACAUUUACAUGCUUGUAAAAUUUACUGUAGUAAGUCUAGCAUUGCAACAGAAUAGAUCAUUCCAAUCCUCACACUUUGGUAUUAAGGAUACUAUGACAGACUAAACACGGUGGCUCACGCCUGUAAUCCCAGCACUUUGGGAGGCUAAGGCAGGCAGAUCAGCUGAGGUCAGGAGUUCAAGACCAGCCUGGCCAACAUGAUAAAACACCAUCUCUACUAAAAAUACAAAAAUUAGCUGGGCGUGGUGGUGCAUGCCUGUAAUCCCAACUACUCGGGAGGCUGAGGCAGGAAAAUUUAUUGAACCUGGGAGGCGGAGGUUGUAGUGAGCCAAGGUCGCACCACUGCGCUCUAGCCUGGACAACACAGUGAGACUGUGUCUCAAAAAAAAAAAAAAAAAAAAAAGACAUUAUGACAGAUUUUAUCUUUUAAUAAAAAUGUAUUAUAUCCCUAAAGUUAUAUCUACAUGUAAUUGAGUCAGAAACCUAGGGGGAUGUUGAUUGAAGUCGACUGCCGGAAAAAAAUAGCAGAGCAACAAGAUCCACACAUUUAGAACCUCAUAGAAUUUGGCACAUUAUUCAUAAUGGUGCAAUUCUUUUUUAUUCCAGUAAGCAAAUUUACUAAAUCACUAAUUUGAAAAAAAAAAAAAUUUUUUUUUUGAGAUGGAGUGUCACUCUGUUGCCAGGCUGGAGUGCAGUGGCACGAUCUCAACUCACUGCAACCUCCACCUCGCAGGUUCAAGUGAUUCUCCUGCCUCAGCCUCCCCAGUAGCUGUGAUUACAGGUGCACGCCACCACAAAUUUUUGUAUUUUUAGUAGAGACAGGGUUUCACCAUGUUGGCCAGGAUGGUCUCGAUCUCCUGACCUCGUGAUCCACCCACCUCCCAAAGUAACCUACAUUGCCUCUACUUUGAAGGGACAAAGUUGUCCUCAUCUUUUUUCCCUUUUAUUAUUUCAUUAUAACUAUCGUAAAACUUACUUACAUACAUUGCCUAUGUUUGGCAUUCCAUAACAUAAUAAUUAUAAUAAUCCCCCAAUGUCAGAAAUGUAUGUGUGAGUUCCCAUUUUUAUUGGCAAUUUAUAAGCUUUUUAAUAUUGUACUAUUUUAAACUAAAAUAUAGAAAGAAUAUUAUGUUUAUAUACAAUCGGAUAAAUUAUUAACUGUUGUAAUUUAAACUGAAAAUGAAACUAUUUUAGUAUCAGUAUAGAAGAAAAGUAUAGUUUCUAAUCAUCUAUAAUUUUAAAAUGCGAAGCCUAUAAAACUUUCAAGAUGUUUUGCCUAUUUGUUUUUAAUAUUUAUAAUAAUUUUCUAUCUUUAGCAAGUAGCUAUUUUUAAGCCAGGUAACUUGUUUAUUUGAAGUGUAUUAUACUCUCAGACCCUCAUCCUGCCUAGAAAUGAAUAAGUAAUAAAUAAUUACUCUGUAUUAUUUACUUCUUUUAUUUUAUAGUAAAAUAUUCAUUUGGAUGGACAUUAAUUUGAAAUCAUUUUGAUGAUUUAUUUUUUUGAGACAGAGUCUCUCUCUGUUGCCCAGACUAGAGUGCAGUGGUGCGAUCAUAGCUCACUGCUUCCUUGAACUCCUGAGCUAAAGCGAUCCUCCCACCUCAGCCUCCCAAAGUGCUGCGAUUACAGGUGUGAACCACCAUGCCCAGUCAAAAAAAGAAUUUUUUAAUGUCAACAGAAAAGUUUCCAAGCAUCCAGUUAAACAGAUAAUUUGUCUGCACUGGGGAGGAGAAGUAUGCCAUAACUCUGAUGUGUGUGUGUGUGUAUACAUGCAUGUGUAAAAAGAGUGUGUGUGUACAUGCAUGUGUAAAGUACCAUGGGUAUUCAAAGGAACAGGUCCAAGUUUAGGAAGAACAGGCCAUGUUGACUUGGCGAUGUAUACCUAGAACCUGUUUGUUGAUGUCAGUAAACUUAGUACCUUUUUUUCUUAGGCCAGAGAAUAUGUCAUCAGACUAUGAAUCUGAAUUGCUUUCUCUCUUUUUCUUACUGAUAUUUAAGAAUAUGAAAGAAAAAGGUCUUUGUAUCCAGAAGCAUUGCGAUGAAUCUUAGCUAUGAAUUUCAAAUGCUGAUAUUUCUCAGCUGUUGUUUUAACAAAAUCUCUAUCAGCCAACCUAAUGCUCCCAGUAAUCAGCAAUAUCUCUUGUAUAAAAUGGUUCCUGAAGCAAAGAAAAAAUUUAAAAUACGCAAUCUCUGUAGAGAUUUCACAUCUUAUUGUAUUUCAUUGGGUUUGUGACAUCAUUUUGUGCCCUAUUUUAAGAAUGCACUAGAAAAACCAAAAAAGAAAAAAGAUUGCAUUAGAUAUGUAUAUAUACGAAUACAUGAUAAUUAAAUUUGACUUUCCCCAAAUGCCUUGAGAUAAGGGAUGACCAAAUGAAGUAUAACAAAAUCAGAGUUCAGAGUCAUGUCCCUUAGAAAGUUACAUGACAUUUUGGGCUUCGUUCACCUUAUCUAUAUGAAUUGUAAUACCACUUUUGUAAGUUUGUUGUAAGGAUUAAAUCAUAUAACACAUGAAAAGUGACUAGCAUAGUGUUUGGUUCAGAAUAGGUGCUUAACAAAUGUUCUCAUUCUUUUGUUAUUAUUAUACUUUAAGUUCUGGGAUACAUGUGCAGAACGUGCAGGUUAGUUACAUAAUUAUACACGUGCCAUGGUAGUUUGCUGCACCCAUCAACCUGUCAUCUACAUUAGAUAUUUCUCCUAAUGCUAUCCCUCCCCUAGCCCCCCAGCCCCCAACCAGCCUCUAAUGUGUAAUGUUCCCCUCCCUUUGUCCAUGUGUUCUCAUUGUUCAACUCCCACUUAUGAGUGAGAACAUGCAGUGAUUGGUUUUCUGUUCCUGUGUUAAUUUGCUGAGAUGGUUUCCAGCUUCAUCCAUGUCCCUGCAAAGGACAUGAACUCAUCCUUUUUUAUGGCUGCAUAGUAUUCCAUGGUGUAUAUAUGCCACGGUUUCUUUAUCCAGUCUAUCAUUGAUGGGCAUUUGGGUUGGUUCCAAGUCUUUGCUAUUGUGAAUAGUACUGUCGUAAACAUACAUGUGCAUGUGUCUUUUAGUAGAAUGAUUUAUAAUCCUUUGAGUAUAUACCCAGUAAUGGGAUUGCUGGGUCAAAUGGUAUUUCUGGUUCUAGAUCCUUGAGGAAUCGCCACACUGUCUUCCACAAUGGUUUGUUCUCAUUCUUUUUCCUUUUAAAAUGAAUACUGUCUAAAUUGAAGUCAUAGUGCAGCAUGAUUCUUACAACAAGUAAUUUAUAAAGAAGAUGUUUGUUUUAUUUAUUCCCUAUGAGGAAAGCAGCAAUGCGAUCAUUAUUUUUAUAACUAGUGAGUGACUGUACACAUGGCGACCUUUGUUUUAUAUAAGAAGUUGAAGCCACAACUUUCCUAUUAAAAAAAAAGAUGCUCCCCCUAGCCUGCCUCUUUCUGUGUGGCUUAAACCUAAGUGGGUCAUCAUGAAGGCAUUCAGGCCUUUCACGGUAUCUUUUCAGUUUCAUCUGCCUCUGCUUUCCUCCUCCUCCAACCAAACUGCCUACCUGCUGUUCCUCAGAUAUACUCCCUCAUCUUAUCCUCUCAAAAUCCAACUCAUUUUUCAAAGCCAGUAUCUUGUACAACAGCAGUUCGCAAAGUGAGUUCCACUCUCAGGGGUCUUUCAGGUGGUCCACAAGAUCAAAUCUAUUUUGAGUCAGAAGAUAUCAGUUUCCUUCUUCACUGUGUUGACGUUUGUGCAGAUGGCGGAAAUGGUAGCUAGCACUGCUGGCACCUUACUUAGCACCAUUCAAAGCAAUGAUGCUGUGCACCUCCCAUAAAAAAAGCCAGUUUCAGUUAAGAAUGCCCUUGAUAAAGGCAGUAAAAAUUAUUAUCUUAGCCUUCAACAACUUGUCUUUUAAAUAUUCUGAGUGACUAAAUGGGAAGUACAACUAAAGCACUUGAGCAGUUGUCUGAGUUGUGAGCUGAAUGAACUGCUUUUUUUGUUGAACCCAUUUUUGCCUAAAAUAACAGCUGACAGACAAAAACUAUGAGUAUUCAGAAAAGUAAUAAUGUGAGUCUCCUUCAAGAAAAUAACUGACAGAAUGUUAAGUGAAAAUUAGAAUUUCAAAAUAUUUGUAUCCGCUGUGAGCAUGUCCCCAUUAUUUAAAUUCUUUCCAGAUAAGACUAGUGAUGAUAUUAACAAGCAAUUUUUUAUACUAUAUAAUGAAAUGUGACAAUAUUUGGAAGAUCUGUAUAAUUCAGCAAACCAGUAUUGCCAAAGGAACCAAUGCAUGAUAUAACAAAAGUAUACAUUUAAAAUGCAAGAUAGACCAAUAGAUUUUAACAUAAUUGCGUGCUGAAAGUUCAUUUGAUAUGAUUUCAGUUUCUACAUUGCAGCUAACUUUUAAGAAACUACUCCUUGUGAAGUUUUGAUGUAGUAUUGAUAAAUAGGCACAGUUGUCUGAAAAGACUAUUAAAAUAUUAUCCUCUUUUCCAACUGUAUGUCUGCAUGAGGCUGAGUUUUCUUCUAAGGCCUCAGCCAAAACAACCUAUGUCAAGAGAGUGAAUGAGCAGUAAAUAUGAGAAUCCAGCUGUCUUCUGUUAAGCCAGAGAUUAAACAGAGCAGCAGAAAUAGAAAACAAAUCACGCUUGUCACUGCAUUUGUUUUGGAAAAUGUAGUUAUUUUCAUAAAAAUAUGAUAAUAUAUAAUGAGUUUAUUAUUUUUAAGUAUAUAUAGUCUUAAUGUAUAUUUUUAAUGUUCUUAGUUCUAAUUUCUAAUACAAUAAAAAUCAAUAGAUAUAACCACAACAAACCAAGCUCUUGGGGUUAAGAAGGUAAAAGGGCCAAAAACAUACACUAAGGAAAAGACAAUAAAUGAUGCUGGAAAAACUGGAUAUCCCUCUGCAGAAGAAUGAAACUAGAUCCCUAUCUCUUGCCCUAUAUAAAAAUCAAACCAAAAUGGAUUAAAGAUUUAAAUGUAAGACCUCAAACUAUGAAACUACUAAAAGAAAACAUUGGGAAACACUCCAGGACAUUGGUCUGGGCAAAUAGUUCUUGAGCAAUACCCCACAACCAUAGGCAAUCAAAGCAAACAUAGACAAAUGGGAUCAUAUCAAAUUAAAAAGUUUCUGCACAGCAAAGGAGACAACCAACAAAGCAAACAGACAACCCACAGGAUGGGAGAAAAUAUUUGCAAACUUUUCCGUCUUACAAAGGAUUAAUAACCAGAAUAUAUAAGGAGCCCAAACAGUUCCACAGGAAAAAACUAAUAAUCCAAUCAAAAAUGGGCAAAAGAUUUGAAUGGACAUUUCUUAAAAGAAGACAUACAAAUGACCAGUAGGCCUAUGAAAAAGUGCUCAACAUCAUCGAUCGUCAGAGAAAUGCAAAUCAAAACUACAGCAAAAUACCAUCUCGUACCAGUUAAAAUGGCUUGUAUCCAAAAGACGGGCAUUAACAAAUGCUGGUGAGGAUGUGGAGAAAAGGGAACCCUUGUACACUGUUGGUAGGAACGUAAAUUAGUACAACUACUAUGGAGAACAGCCUAGAAGUUCCUCAAAAAACUAAAAAUUGAGCUACCAUAUGAUCCAGCAAUCCCACUGCUGGGUAUGUACACAAAAGAAAGGAAAUCAAUAUAUUGAAGAGGUAUCUGCACUCCUAUGUUUGUUGCAGCUCUGUUUACAAUAGGAGCAACCUAAGUGUUUGUCAACAGAUGAAUGAAUAAAGAAAAUGUGGUACAUAUACACACCGGAGUACUAUUCAGCCAUAAAAAUGAAUGAGACCCAGUCAUUUGCAACAACAUGGAUGAAACUGGAGAUGAUUAUGUUAAAUGAAAUAAGCCAGACACAAACAUCACAUGUUCUCACUUAUUUGUAGGAUCUAAAAAUCAAAACAAGGAACUCAUGGACAUAGAGAGUAGAAGGAUGGUUACCAGAGGGUGGGAAGGGUAGUGGGGACCUGGCAGGGUAGGUAAGAUGGUUAAUGGGUACAAAAAAAACAAAAUAGGAAGAAUGAAUAAGACCUACUAUUUGAUAGCACCACAGAGUGACUACAGUAAAUACAUAAUUAAUAAUUAAUUGUACAUUUUUAAAUAACUUACAGAGUAUAAUUGAGUUGUUUGUAACCCAAAGAAUAAAUGCUCGAGGGAAUGGAUACCCCA